AUGAGUUCCAACACCAUCGCCAGCACGUCUGCCAAUAUGAAUAUCGACCGCACGCAAAUAGUGCCAUUGCACGACGGUCCACAUGUAUUGCCCAAUAACCCAUUGUUCGCACGGCUACUUCGGCACGCCCAUCGAAACCACGUUGCGAUUAAAGACCAGGUGCUGGGCGCCUCCAAGACAUAUGGGGAGCUGCUCGAUACGGUACUGUUUUUCAGGGAGGUAGUACGAGGAGCUUUGCCUUCAAAUGUGCAGCGCCGGCUGAGCAACGGCGAUGAAGUUUAUGUGGGAGUUCUGGCUGCAGGGGGCUAUGAGUUCACGGUCGCCGUGCUGACGGUGCUGGCGCUAGGGGCAGCGGUAGUGCCCAUGUUUCCCACGGCGCCUUCAGACGAGAUUGUCUACUAUGCCACCAAGUCACAGCAGGUGGCUAUCUUAUCCAGUUCAGCGACGACGCAACUUGCGCAGGACUCGGCACAUCGCUGUGGAAUUAUACAGCUCAGCAUUUUACCUAACCUACCUCGCACGACCCGCUUAGAGCCACUCGACAUCUCAUUGUCGUCCAACUCGCCACAGGACUCUAGCGCACCCGGCGUGGUCAUCUUCACUUCUGGCACAACCGGAAAGCCUAAGGGCGUAGUCCUACGACGGACCUACACACAUGAGGGCGCUAUCGUUGUCGGCGACAGCUAUGGGAUCACACACACAGACGUACUCCUACAUACUCUGCCCGUUCACCAUACUACCGGUCUGGGUACUUCAUUCUUUCCCUUUCUUAACGCGGGCGCCUGCAUUGAGUUUCACGGCAAGUUCGACGCGGCCACCGUGCUCCAGCGCUGGCUACAGGGUGGUUUGACUAUCUUCUCGGCCGUGCCCACUAUCUACAUGCGCCUAAAGUGGUUUAUCGAGCAGCUUCCGACGCAGGAGCAAAUCCCUUAUAGGAAGGCAGCUUGCCAGUUCCGUGCAUUUCUGUGCGGAUCUAGCGCUCUGCAAGAGCACGUGCAGGACUUCUGGACUUCUAGUAUGGGCCAGCCCAUCCUCGCCCGCUACGGCGCCACCGAAAUUCCUGGCUGUAUUCGUGUGUCUCCUGAGCUUCGGGACAUUCCCAAGGGAAGCGUGGGCCAGCCUCUACCAGGUGUAGAGCUUAAGAUCUCGCCUGAAGGUGAGCUGUUGGUAAAGACGCCGAACAUGUUUGCCAAGUAUCUCAUGGAACCGGAGACAACAAAGAAUGCUCACGAUUCAGAUGGCUGGUACAAGACCGGUGAUAUCGCACGGCGGGAAGCGAACUUUUACUUCAUUGUGGGUCGUGCAUCAGUCGAUAUUAUCAAGUCUGGUGGUUAUAAGAUAUCGGCGCUGGACGUCGAGCGGGCAUGCCUGACACUGCCCUAUGUGAACGAGGCCAUGGUAGUGGGUGUAGAGGAUGAGGAGUUUGGACAGCGUGUUGGUGCAGUGUUGGCUGUUAAGAAUACGUCAGGUGUUACCCUCGCAAAGGUCCGGAGUAACCUUAGGCACCAGCUGGCCGGUUACAAGCUGCCGACUGUGUUGAGGGUGGUGGAGGGGGAGAUCCCAAAGGGUGCCACGGGAAAGAUACAGAAGAAGAUCCUGGGACCGCACCUGAUUCCAAGUCCCGGAUAUGAGGAGAUGCCCCAGGUGCAAGUGUGGAAGAAUUCGAAGCAGGCUGCGUUGGUGCAGGCAAGGCUGUAA